AUGCUGGAAGGCCGAUUCUGGGGUCUGAAUGAGAGCAUCAGCCGUAGCAUGUCGAACGAAGCUUCUCUCUCCUCUGCAUCUAUCGGCGGUGGGCCCUUAUCUCGCCUGGGCAUUUGCACGCUAUCCUCAAACCGAUCGUCCCAAUAUCGGAAGUAUUUACGGUUGAUUGGUAUACCAUCCUCGGUAAAGUUCAGUGUCGCUUCCCCACGCGCUCCAGCAGUGGCAAGAUACCGAGACUAUCAACAUGCCCACAGGCCAUGUCGUCCUCUGUCACAGGAAGUCCUUCAAAUAAUGGUCUUUGAGCGACGAUAG